CUGGCCGGGGGGCUCCCGGGUUUCUGGAGGGCGCGCCGGGGCGACUGUCAUGGAAGGAGCUGGCGGCGGCUUCCGGAAAGACCUGGUGAGCGAGCUGCUGCGCGCGCACUUCACGGACGGCAAGACCAAAGUGGGCGGGGACGCACUGUGGCUCAUGGCAGAGCUGCUGAAGAUCUUUGUUGUGGAAGCGGCCGUCCGCAGCGUCCGGCAGGCCCAGGCAGAAGACCUCACUCUCGUGGACGUGGACCAGCUGGAGAAGGUGCUGCCUCAGCUGCUCCUGGACUUCUAGGGGCCGCCACCCUCACUGCAGCCUGCUGAGCUGAGGCGAGGCCCCACGCCCCAUUUCUGCGGCCUCUGGCUUCAGACAGGGAAGGAGAUGCUGAUGCUGGAGAAGCCCCUUUCCGGCCCCCAAGACUGAGUCAGGUCCUGGCAAAUGCCCCACUCCUCCUGGUGACCUCCUACUGCUGAUCGCCUGGACACAGGAGAUGGGGGGGUCGCCGAGGGGACCCAGGGGCGCAGGUGGCUUCCCCUACACCCACAGGUGUGAGACAAGGCAGGUGCCACGAAGCAGCAGGGGCCCGACGGCCGCUCUCAGAGCUCCCGUGUGACCGUGUAGCCGUCCAACGCCCUCAGAAGCCACCUCCCUGAGCUAUGGAUAAACCAUCGAUGCUUAACUCUU